AUGGCCGAGGAAGGGAGAUUGAUAGAAAGUAGUGGGCUUUUAAGGGAGAAGGAAGGGGGGGGAGGGUGGGGAGAGUGGCGGCGGGUGACGGUUACAGCGGUUGCCUUCUCUCCCUGCGUCGGUCCGGCUUCUCACCCCCUGGGGCGGUUGAACAGGGGAACGUGCUCUCGUCGGAUUAAAUUCAAAUAAAUAAAUAAAAGCGGUCCACAGUCGUCGGGUAUCAGGGUCAAGAGGUCAACCGAGGCAUUUGACUGGUUCAAGGAGAAUUUUUUUGCCAUGUUUGGAAAUGGGCUACAAGAACAGACCUUCGUGGACCAUCAGCGGCGCCUGAAACCCAGGCCAGAACCCAUUUACAGAGAGAGAAAAGCUGACGAAUUUACGAAGAAGAAGAAGAAGAAGAAGAAGGUAGAUGGAGAUGAUGUCUGUCUGGACGUCGUUCAGAGCUUCUUGGGGAGGCCGUAGGUCUUCUUCAGAAACUUGGAGGCGGGCUCGUCGUUGCGGUGGCACAAGACGCGGAGCAGAGUGUUGGGGUCCGACGGGCUCCACCUCCCCGGUGUCGGCGGCAGCUGGAGCUUCGACCUGGAGGCGCCGCCGUACGCCACCAUCGCCGCCCUGA